GAGCUGGGCACCCCUGAUGGCACUGCCCCCACAGGGACCAUGUCCACGCGGCGCCUCCGCAGCGAGGACUACAAUGACUACAGCUCCACAGAUGUGACGCCUGAGGGCAGCCCUCCCGAUGGCAUGAAUGGCUUCGCGCACCCCGAGUCCUACCAGCGCUUCGGGGAGACCAACGGGACAACGUGGUACCAGACCCUGAUCCAUCUGCUGAAGGGGAAUAUUGGGACAGGGCUGCUGGGGCUGCCUCUGGCUGUGAAGAAUGCUGGCAUCCUGCUGGGUCCUCUGAGCCUGCUGGUGAUGGGAGUCGUGGCUGUGCACUGCAUGGGCAUCCUGGUCAAAUGUGCCCAUCACUUCUGCAACAGGUUCCAGAAGCAGUUCCUGGACUAUGGAGGUGCUGUGAUGUACGGGCUGGAGGCAACUCCCAGUGCCUGCCUGAGGACACAUGCCAUCUGGGGAAGGCGUAUAGUGGGACUUUUCCUGAUCAUCACUCAGCUGGGUUUCUGCUGUGUGUACUUUGUCUUUCUGGCGGACAAUCUGAAACAGGUUGUGUCUGCUGCAAAUGGGACCACCAAUGACUGCAGCCCAAACAGGACAGUGGUGAUGACCCCCACCAUGGACUCCCGCCUGUACAUGCUGUCCAUCCUGCCUUUCGUGGUGCUGCUCACCUUCAUCCAGAACCUCAAGGUCCUGUCCAUCUUCUCCAUGCUGGCCAACGUGGCCAUGCUUGGCAGCCUUGUAGUGAUCUACCAGUACAUCGUCAGGGAUAUUCCUGAUCCCAGAAACCUGCCUCUAGCAGCAGCCUGGAAGACCUACCCUCUGUUCUUUGGCACUGCAAUCUUUGCUUUUGAAGGCAUUGGCGUGGUGCUGCCUCUGGAGAACAAGAUGAAGAAGCCCCGUCAGUUCCCAGUGAUCCUGUACGUGGGGAUGAGCAUUGUCACCAUCCUGUACAUCAGCCUGGGUGUCCUGGGCUACCUGCGCUUCGGGGCAGACAUUCAGGCCAGCAUUACACUCAACCUGCCCAACUGCUGGCUGUACCAAGCUGUCAAGCUGCUCUUCUCCUUUGGGAUUUUCUUCACCUACGCCGUGCAGUUCUACGUGCCUGCCGAGAUCAUCAUCCCUCCCCUCGUGGCCCGCGUGUCGGAGCGCUGGGGCUGGCUGGUCAACCUGCUCCUCAGGAUGGCCCUGGUGUGUGUGACCUGCGUGCUGGCCAUCCUCAUCCCGCGCCUGGACCUCGUCAUCUCCCUGGUGGGCUCCAUCAGCAGCAGCGCCCUGGCUCUCAUCUUCCCCCCGCUGCUGGAGAUUGCCACCUACUACUCGGAGGGCAUGCACCCCCUUGUCAUUGCCAAGGACAUCGCCAUCAGCCUCUUCGGCUUCGUGGGCUUCGUGGUGGGCACGUACGAGGCGCUGGUGGAGCUGGUGGCACCCGCGGCCACCGUGGUGAAUGCCACCACUGUCCUGGUGCAGUGACCAUCCCCUCGCCCUGCUGGCCCCUCUGGGUGCUGAGCUGGGGGUGCAUGGACCCUGGGCACUGCUCUCCUGGGAACGGCCUCCCCUCUCCUCUUGCUGCCUGGAAGGUGGGAUCCAGGCUGGGGCAGUGCCUUCCCUGGGGGCUCUUAGGGCAGGUGGUAGAGCAAAACAGUUCCUCUGUAAAUAGGCACUUUGAGAGGUGAGGAAUCCCAGGGAUGUAGAUUUUAUUUUAUUAUUUUUUAAAAUCCCAACCUUUCCAUAUUUCUCCUGUCCCUUCAGUCAGGGCGGGGAACAGGGACUACUCUUUUUUUGUGCCAGUUUGAUUUUAUUUUUUUUUUUCCCUGAGCACUUUAUUUUUACAGCAACAGACAAACCUCAGCUCAGGUUAGAGAGCGUGGAGAUCCCUCCUCACCUCAGCCUUGUGGGGAGGGUGGGCAGAGCCUGAGGUGUGGAGUGUGCUGGGGCCCACAGCUCUCUCUCAGUGGGAUCCCCAUCUGUGGGCAUGGCUCCUGCAGUGCCUCAGCUCUGUUUGCAGCUGAGCAGGCCCUGGAGCUGGGCACUGGGAGGGUUUGCUGACCCUUGGUCCACGCUUUCAGUGGUGACACUUCUUUAUCCCCAUCCAACGCACAACCCAAUGCUUGGCUUUCCGAAGCUUUACAGAACUGAGGUGUGUGGGGAGCAAACAGGCUCUGCCAUCAUGAGGGGCUGAGCUGGUCCCCUUUGGGUGGGAUGGGGUUUCCCCAGGGGUCACCACAUGCUGCCCACACACCACAAGGAUACAUCAUCACCUUGUUUACAGUGCCUGAGCUGGCCCUGGCACGCUCCACCUGCGUCUGCAGGCUGAUACUGAAUGUCAGAUCACACACAAAAACUCCACAAUAUUUCUGUUUUUAACCCUUCCUCUCCUGCCUGCACUCCCUCUGCAUCCUCAGCUUCUGCCCAGCUCCUCUCCUCCUGUAGGAUGCAGCUCCCUGGCUCCUCUCCCUGUGCUCCUGUUGCUUCUUUUGUCGUGGUUGGUGCAUGCCUGGUGGGCAUGGUCCUGUGGCACUGCUGCUUUCCUUUCUCUCAGAGCCCAGCUUCCUCCCUAGAGAGUUUCCUCACCUUUCUACUGGAUUUCUACUUUUUUAAGACAAGGGAGCAAAUGCAUCCUUCACAGGACAGGUCAAGCUCCUGCCUGCUAACAGCAUCUCCCAAAUGCCAGCUCUCUCUGGAGAGCCUUCAUCCCUCAUCCCACUGCAGCCAUGUCUCCCUGGGGGUGGGCAGAGGCUGCUGGUGGUGGGAAAGGAGGCUGAGUACAGCAUCAGUGGGCUGUGUUCCCAUCUGUGGUGGAGGGUGAGGUUUGCAGUUAUUUUUGGUGUUUGAACGGGUUCUGUGAGGGGAAGGCUGUGUGGAGCAGGGUCCCUGCAGCCUGCCUCUCCCUUGGUGCUGCUUGUGUCUGCACUGCGCCCCUUUGCUGGCAGCUCUGGGUGCCACAUGCUGUGCCCACGGCUGGGUGUGGGGUGGGUCUGUGCCACGUCUCUGCCCCUUUCCAGCCCCUCUUUGCUCCCUGCAUCUCUUGGGGCUCACCUCAUCCCACCCAAGGCUGUGCUGGGGAAGGUUUUGGCUUGGUCAGGAGCAGAGCAAAGCUUUAACUCAAAUCCUCCCUCUGGAGGGCGCCAUGGGGAUAGAGAGGAAGCACCCAGGGCUGGGAAGGGACUCCAGGGCAUGACACAAGCGGGACAAGUGCAAUAUUCAUGUCCAUCUCUGUGUGCUGACCCCAGCGUGGCCCUUGGGGUUGGGUUUGAGUCAGAAACCCAGAACUGUCAAGCAGAGGAGGGAGUGCUGUGAGCAGCAGGGGAUCUGUGAUGCUUCUCAUUGCCCUGCUGGUAGUGCACUCAAAGAAGGCUGGCCACAUUUUAGGGCCAGCUGUGUGCCAAGGCAUGUCCCCAGCCUGGCACUCACUUUGCAAGCAGCAGUGCAGAUCUCAUUUCCAAGGGGACUGGGAUAUCACAGAAGCAUUAAAUGGGUUUUGCAGCUCUUCCCUUUUAAUGGGGUGAGCAGGGCUGUUUGAAGAUGGUGACACAUGUGGUGUGAGAGGCUCUGCUGAGCCAGGGGUCAAUGGUGGACAGGAAAACUUGACACUUGUGUAUUGUAGGCUGCUCAGUAACCAAGAAACUUGUCUGUGUAAAUAUAGCAAUGGUCACGUCCAUGUCUUGUGCCUAUGGAUAUUGUCAGUGUACAGCACAGGUGCCUGCCCAGCAGGAGAGCUGGUGCUGCACCUGAAUCAUGUAUCUUACUUAAUCAAUAAAUAUGAUCUAUUUUUUAUGUGUAAAGGCUU